UACCACUCAUCGCUGAGCACAUUCGUCCAAGAUCUAGCUAAAUCGUCUACUCCCGCACUUAUCCUACCCGCUUUUGAACUCGAUAUUACCUAGUUGAAUCAGACGUCAUGGGUCAAACACCAUCACAGUUUAUGGAGGACAUGCAGAAGCGGUCCAACUUCACAUCCGCUGAGCUGGAAAGAUUGAAGAAACGCUUCAUGAAACUGGACAGUGACGGUUCAGGCUCCAUAGAUCGCGAAGAAUUCCUGCAAAUACCGCAAAUAGCUACCAACCCAUUGGCUUCAAGGAUGAUUGCAAUCUUUGACGAAGAUGGAGGAGGCACUGUAGACUUCCAAGAAUUUGUGGGCGGGUUGAGCGCGUUUAGUAGUCGAGGAGGGCGAGAAGAGAAGCUACGAUUUGCAUUCAAGGUUUAUGACGUGGAUCGAGAUGGUUUCAUUUCCAAUGGAGAGCUGUUCCUGGUAUUGAAAAUGAUGGUUGGGAACAAUCUCAAGGAUCAGCAACUACAGCAGAUCGUCGACAAGACAAUCAUGGAAGGCGAUCUAGAUCGUGAUGGGAAACUCAGCUUCGAGGAGUUCGCCCAGAUGGUGUCAAACACGGACAUUGUGAAGCAGAUGACGCUUGAAGACCUUUUCUGACAACUUCGUCACCGACGGAUAUUCGCGUCCCCUCAUACCUCGCUGUGCACUUGUUGUUCAUCAUGCUCGUCUGUUGCAUCAUUAUCCAUCCAUCAUAUAGUGGCAACUUACAUGUAGUAUCGCCUUUUG